AUGCCGUUCGCUGGACCUGCAGAUCUGGAAAAGGAGAUGCGGAACGAUCACAAAGAACGCCUCGCCAAUCGACGCGCCGACCUCGAGAAGUCUUACAGUAGGAAUCUCCGCCGUCUGCAAGCUCGCCUCGAUGAAGUCGAUGGUGCCGGAGAUGUUAAUCACGAUGUUCCCACCUCAGACGUACAGCUGCAAGCCUAUCUUGACGAACUCGCCAACCUCAUCACCGCAAAGAAAGAGAUCGAGGGAAAGAUAUUGAAGACUACUGAGGACAUCGCGCUGGCGGCUAAGGGAUUUGAGCAGGAGUUCAUUGCUGUGCUCGAAGGGGUCAAGCAGGAUAUUGCGGAGGCGAUGGAGGAUUUGUACAAGAUUGAUGGAAGUGCUAUGAAGGUGAAUGAGAAGGGUCAAGAUGACGGAAAGCGACCUUGA